CAGAACUCAGUAUAGUAUAUUAAUUAGUUUUAUAUACAUUACUAAUGUGAGUGAAAAAGUCUAUUGUUAUUUCUAACACAACAUUGAUUUUAUAUAUUAUUUUAGUAAUGUAAAAAUGUUUAUUUUAAUUUACUUCCUAUUAUUUACGAUAACUACAUGCUUUAGUUUUUAAUUAUAAGUUAUAAUUAGCAGUAAAUUAAAUAGUACAUUCAAGUAUUGGGAUGGUGUAUGUAUAUCCAAUUAUAUAUAAAAAAUUAUAUAUAUAUAAAAUGAUAUAUAAAUAUUAAAUUAUAAAAUAUUAUACAUAAAAAGAAUAUAUAAUACAUAUUAAUACAGGUUAAUAGGGAAAGUGAUUUACAUAAAUGCAAAAUCAACGAAAUAUGUAAUGUGAUUCAUAACCAAUUUUGGAUAUCUAGUUUAACAGAAAGAUUUUGUUAUUGUUCUAAUGGAAAAUAAUGUCCUUGGCAAUAGACAAGAGAACUUGGAAAUUUAUCUAUUUCGCUUAAUAAUAAAUCACACAUGAAAUUUUGUGUUUCAAUAACAGAACUCAAUAUAUGUAAAUAUAAUCAAGAAGCAAUAAAUGUUUAUGAUAAAAGUGAUAGAAACAAUUCUUAUCUAAUACCAUAUAAUGUAACAAGAGAAUGUGCAACACUUAUGAAUUUUGUGGACAUAUACGAUCUGAUUUGUACUCAAUAUAUUAUAGAUGUAUUUGCCCAGAAAAUCAUUUAUGUAUUUUCCAAGAUAGAAACAAGGAAAAUGUUCAAGAAUUACUUUAUUCUGGUUCUGCUCAUAAAAGUUAUUGUAUUCCAUUCAAGAAUGUGUAA